AUGCAUUCACCUCAGGCCAUGCGCCAGCCACGCCAUGCCACGCCGCUACACCCAUUUCUGGUGUUGCUGCUGAUGUACUGCGCCACUGCGUGUAUUGCCACUGCACCCGCUCUGCAGCACCGCCGUGGAUAUGACGAGACGAUGGGGAGUAGCGGCCCGCUGCCGACCGCAGUGUUGCAUGAGGUGCCACGCAAGGGACAGGGUGCCAUGCAGGCGUACACCGUCGCCGCACAGGAUGACGACAGUGGCUGGGAACCGAUCCGCAUCGGGGUGUUCACGGAUGGACUGAAGAGCACGAGGGGGAAAAAGACGUACUGCGAAAAUGAUGGGGAUGAGUGCGACAACAUCUUGGGGGAGUGGAUAACUUGUAAAGAAGAACAUGUCUUGUCAGUUGAAAAGAAGAGAUUGUACACUGGAAAGAUUCUCCCCGGUGCUGUCAAACUGCACGCUGAGCGACUACUUGUGAGACCCCCUCCUGAGAAGAUAACGGUUCCGAGGACUAUGGGAAGUCCGUGCGACAGGUUUACGGUUCCAACUGAACACAUAAAAAGUGGUGUGCCUAAUUUUGAUUUUAUCAUCUACGCUGCUGCUGGGCCAUCAGGCACGAAUGGCAGGGCUGUUUGGGCGGCAACUUGUAACACAUGGGGAGAUCUUCGCCCCUCCAUUGGCGCCAUGAACUUUGAUCCGAAGUACAUGACUGACACGGCGUGGAGCGUUCGCGUUGCCGCACACGAAAUUGCGCAUGCUCUUGGGUUCAGUAAUGAUAGUAUUGAAAGAAGCAGCAUCGAAACUUUUGAGAAAAGUGUGCGUGGGACACACCGCAAGAUGGUGGCAGGGAAUCACGUUCAGGAGAAGGCGAAAGCGCACUUUGGUUGUAAGACUCUCGAGGGCAUGGAACUGGAGGACGAAGGUGGCACUCGGGAGAAAGCGAUCCCUCACUGGAAGGGGCGCCACGCGCGGGACGAGCUGAUGGCUCCCACAGUCGGUGCCGGCUACUACACGGCUCUGACGAUGGCGGUUUUUGCGGAUAUGGGAUACUACCGCGUGAAUUGGAGCAUGGCGGAGCCGAUGAGCUGGGGCCACCGCAGUGGCUGCGACUUCCUGGAGAAGAAGUGCAAAGAAGCCAAGGAUUUCCCCGCCAAGUAUCCUCACAUGUUCUGCGAUGCUACCGACAAGGAGACGCUUCGCUGCACCUCCGACCGCCGUCACGUCGGGACGUGCACCGCAAGCAUCGUUGAAAACGAGGGGAGCCCUGCGGAUAAGGACGUUUGCCCUGUAGUUUCUUUGUACUUUCACGACACGUCUGGGAUAAAGUACAAUACGUGCUCGGAAAAAGGUGUAAAUUAUCUCCCUGGGUCGCUGACUGGCGGUGACUCGUGGUGCCUGGAUGCGGAAUUACUGUCGAAAAAUGAUGGCGGUAAACAUAAAAACGUCAAGGGAGUGUGCGCGCAGGUGUCGUGUGAGGAGGGCACAGUGAAGGUGAAGCACCUCGGCAGCAGUGAAUUGUGGCAUGAUUGCCCCGAUGGCGGAGAAAUCCCAGUGACGUUGAAAGAUUUUGAGAAAGAUGGAAAGAUCAAGUGCCCGAAGUACGUUGAGGUGUGCACCAUUGCCGGCAACGGCAGCAGUCUUGUCAUUCCGAGUGUGUUGGAGGAUGACAAAGGAGAAGAGCAAGAGGAGCAAGUAGAGGAGUCUGUGGCUGCUUCGGCGUUGCCUCCUGCACAAGAACCUCAUGCAGAAGCGUCUUCCCCAGUCCAACCUCUUGCAGAAAUGCCUUCUCCACGGGUGCAAGAGGCAUUGCAGCAGCCUCGAGAGGAAAUUAAAGCACAAGCGUCCACUGCAGAGGAACCUCAUGCAGAGGAACCACGUGCAGCAGCGUCCACCGCAGAAGAAUCUCAUGCAGAAGCUUCCAUUGCAGGCAAAGCUUCUGAAGCUCCAGUGGCUCAAGCGGCAUCACGGCAGCCUCAACAAGAACGUGAAGCAGGGCAAAAUAAAACGGUGGGGGAAUCUGCCACUACACAGCACGUGCCGGCGAAUACAUCGCAGGGAAGUGUAGGGAAGGCGGCGGCUUCGAACUCCCAUGCCGUUGGGGAAGCAACAGGUGAUGGCGGCACCAUGCGUGAGAGCGGACUGCUACCAUCGCUGCUUCUGCUUCUGUUGGGACUGUGGUGGUUUGCGGCUCUGUGA